UGAAGCGACUUUGGCUGUAAGAAUGCGAUUGGUCGUGAAAAUACAGCCUCACCGGCGUUUCAUGACCGAUAACAUUGCAGAUAAGGGGCCAAGAUAAGAAAACCGAAGCUGAUAUGGCGAGUUAAGAGAAUAGGAAAGAGUGAAUCGUAUCGUUAGCACUCGUAUAGCGCACGUUGCGUAUAUCGUUUCGUAUCGCCUUAAUCAACCACGUGUUUUAAGAGAUUUUUUUUCAAUCAUCUUCUUGUUUCUUCACAGUUGUUUGCAAUUGCGGUUAAAAAUCGAUUUUUUUUCUUUCCCUGACGUGGCCACACGCUCUUCGGCCACAUUAUCGGAGCCGAAUUCACGUGAUCCGGGAGUUUUUCUUCUAUUACAACUCUAACUGACCCGGCGUAAAGUUGUUUUGAAUUGAAAUUCGAAACAAACACAAGAUUUUUAAGAAAACACGAUAUCACCUUUUAGAUAAAAGAACUCCCUCCACCAAGUCGCUUUUUAAUAUAAAUCACCGUCAGCAAACAUGUUUCGCGUUGAGUCGUGGUACCACUUGCGAUGUGAUUCGAUUGUGAAAUGGACGAAGCACAACCUGGAACUUCUUCGGAAAUUGUGGUAAAGAUACCGAGAAGCAAGUUGAAGGGUUGCGAGGAACUGUGGGCGAAAGGGGCGAAAAUAAAAGAGGCUUACAAAAGAAGUCGCUCAGAGAAUGUUGGCAAGAAGAUGAGGAAUGAUUGUGACGAGGAGGACGACGACGAAGAAGAACCCACCGUUCCAAAUCAGCCAAUUACUCAUUUUAAAAAAAGGUUAAUUCGCGCACACUCAGCUUCAGCCACGUCAAGUUGUUCUGGAUCAAACGAUGAUUGGCCGAGAGUUGGAAGGCACCAUUUACCAGCUACCACCCCAAUCGGUCCAACACAUCGCCGAAGAUCCCAAACUUCAACUGAUUUAACGCACAAAAACUUGCUAAAAGACAAUCAAGAUCCCCAUCAAUCCUUAGAACGGGAAUUCCCAAAAGUUUUAGAUAAUUUCUUAGCUUUAAUCGAAGCAAUUCGCGAUUACUCUUGUUUUAACGACCACAAACAAGUUAUAAGCGCUGCCGUGGUUGAUAUUGAAUCAUUUUUAAGAAAGUGUAAUCACAUCGCAACUAAUUAUCCCCUUAGCGGAGAUCAAGACAACUUCGAUUCGUUAUUGGGAUGCAUUCGAGACUUCACCCGCAAAAUUAGAGAGAUGAUCUUCGAUGACAAAGUCAUAACAGGGCCAAUUUUAACUCCGAUCGAAGAGAAAUUUUAUAAGAACGUUUUUUAUCGGGUUUUCGAACAUCUCAGUCCCAAGUUUGAUUUGGCUUCAGUUAAUUGCAUCAUUUGGAAUCGGGUCCACAUCGUUGAUUCGACUAAUAUGAUCGUUUUACCUGUAAUGGAAGAAGAAAAUGUUAAAAAUGAGGGCGAUAAAGGGAAGAAAAUGAAUGAAAAGAAUGAAAUGAAGGAGAAGCGAGAUGAGAAAUGUGGAGGGGAAGUUAAUGAAGAUGAUGGUGAUAAUAAAGAGGAGGUAAAGAAGCAAAUUGCUGAGCUGGAGAAGAAAAAGCCUAAAUAUAAAGUGACGGAGAUUCUUUGUAUUGAAAUUGAUUCGGAUUGUGACUCGGAGGAGGAUAAGGAUAAGCAAGUUAAGGUUCCGGUUAAGGUUGAACCUGUUGGGGACGAAGAAAAUAAAGUUGAAGAGAAAAGUGUUAAAAAUGUUCCAAAUAAUGAAGUAAAUUCGAAUGAAAAUGAGAAAGAAUUGAAGGAGAAAGAAGAGGAGUUACAAAAGAAAGAGAAAGAGUUGCAGGAAAAUGAAAAGUUGCUGAGAGAAGAACGUGAGAAGGCUCAAAAGCUUCUUGAGGACAAACAAAAAGAACAAGAACGUUUCGAACUCGAGCAAAAACAAAGAGAAAAAGAAAGAGUAGAGAUGGAGGAAAAGCAAAAGGAACGAGAACGUUUCGAAAAAGAACAACAAUUAAUUCAAAGUUUAUUGCAACAGAACCAAAUAAGAGUGAUGCAACAACAACACGAACAAUGGAUGGAGGCUUUGAGACAUCAAAACGAAUUAAGACAAAUACAAGAGAAAGAGCAGGAGAAAUUAAAAGCGCAAGCAUUGCAAUAUCAAGAUCAAUUAAGGGCGCUACAAAAAAGGGAGGAGGAGAAAACGGAAAUUUUACGCCGCCAAAUGGAGCUAAAAGAACUCCAAAAGAAACAAGAAGAAAAAAUGAGAUCCCAAAUGGAGUACCAAAACCAAUUGAGCGAGUUAUUACAUAAGCAACAACAACAAAUCGAAGCCUACAACAUCCGAAACCAAUUACUACAAAGAGAACAAGAAAAAAUAGUCCAAAACGAAGAAAGAAAAAGAAUCCCAGAACAACAAAAAAUGAUCGAACCAAGACGAGACAUCCCAUUAAUCGAAAAUCAAAUUUUACAGGAAAUUCAAAAACUUGAGAAGCAAAAUGCUGAUAUGAGUCAGCGAUUAAAACAAUUAAAUGAGCUCCUACAAAGGGAGAUCCAACUGAGUAAUUUGGUUAAUAAAGAAUAUAAACACAUUCAUCUUAGAAAUAUCCAACAAAUUGAAAUUGACAUGACGGGGAUUCAUCGCAAAAAUAUUCAAUGUCGAGAACGGUACCAACAAUUAAUUAAGCAAUUAUUGCAAAUUAAUCAAUUGAAACCAAACGAAAUUGCCGUUAAACAACCGGUGAAACGCACCUACUCGAAAAGAACCAAAUCAAAAGAUCAAAAAAUUGGAGUUGAAACGAAUCUCGAACCGCAAUUGAAGCGAAUGAACGAAUCUUUAGAUGUAAUAAAUUUUAAGCAACAAUUUCCUAAUACUGUCAUCUCCCAAAUUGAUGGUGAUACAACGAAUGAUGUAUCAACGAAUGAGAGAGUCGUUGUUUUGGAUAGUGGGAGGGUUGCAGAAGGUUCGAGACCGGUUCCUAACGUUUCAAGCGGCCAAAUGAACAGAAAUUGUCAGAAACAAAAUUUAUCUGAAUCUCUUAAUCCUCAACGAACAUCUCCCCAUCAAUCAAUUCAAUCUCAUUCCUCAACAAAAAAUCCUAACUCAUCUAACCCUCCUAUUCAGCUAACUCGGUCAUCGCAAAUUUCUCAUCCGCCUCAAUUAACUAACGGGAGGAUUAUUUCCCCUCAUUCAGAAUCAACCAAACCUGAAAAAUCAAAAAAUGUAUCUCAAUUUGAAUCGAAUUCAUCUCAUUUGCCUCAAUUUCAACCUCCCAAUUCUCAUCAACCUCAAUCAAUUCAGCUUGAUUCAUCUAUUAAUCCUAAUUAUCGUAUUUCUCGGCAUCCAGUACAUCACUCUCAACCUAAUUUAUCGCACGGUUCAUCUCAUCAUUCCCCUCAAUCUUCCUCCUCGUCUAUUUCGUCCGAUAUGGUUGCGAAUGUGCGCCAACUAAAUGGAUCGGUUGCGAUUGGUGGGCCGCUGGAUUUGUUAUCAAAAAAAGGGUUACUUAAUCCGACUGAAUAUGUGGAUGAGAUUAAGAAGUUAAAGCAAUUGUCGGAAAUUCCGGACGAUUUUAAAUCGUUUUAUGUGUAUUUGACUAAAAUGCAGAUACUGAAUAAACAUAAUCCGAUUGGGUUCAAAUUGUUUAUGGAGUUGUUUAACGAAAAGGGUCUUAAACCGCAAUAUUUGAGUUAUAAAGAAUAUCUCGCUAGGAAGGAUAACACAAUUUCUCCUCCUAUUAUACCUCCUCAUCUUCUUUUCCACCACUACGAUGUGCCUCCUCAUCGUGUUCCUCCAAAUGUUCCUAUUAAUCUUGUUGUUUCUGAUUCUCAUCCCGUUUCUAAUUCGGCUCCUCCUUCAAUUUCUUCUAAUCCGCAUAAAUUUAUUGUUCCUCCCCAGAAUAAUUCGCCUCUACUGCCAACUCCAGUUCCUUUCGUUCCUCCGCCUUCUCAUCACCAUCUUCCGCCAACUCCUCCACCUUCUCUUCCUCCAACUCCGUCCGUUCAAAUGAGAAAGAGAGUUAAUUCCACACAUUGAAUUUAUUAUUAUUAAAUAAAUAGUUUAUUAGAAUUACGAUUUAAGGAAAAUUUCAGUAUUCUGUUGAUAUAAUAAUAUAGAUUUUAAGAGUUGCUCUCUUUGAAGAGAAAGACUUUCGUUAAAUAAUUAUUGUAUUUGUAUAAGGAUUGUUUACAAUAAAUAGACUAUUAUAGUAAAAUAAAGUGUUGCCUCUGUAAUAAUUGUAAUGAUACAUAAUCCCAAUUUUUAAAUAUAUCCAAAACUAUUAAUUUUCAAAUAAUUUAACCAAUGACGUUUCGGACACAACGGA